AUGGCGAUGACAGCCCUGUUCAGAAUGAAGUGGGGACAUAAACCUCAAGUGGUCCAGCCUAAACCUCAGGCGCCAGUGCCCCAUCUGCCCAGCGAGGAUGAUGAUGAUGACGACGAUGAGACAUUGUCCAUGAGAGCUCCGAUACGCAGGAAUUCACGGUUUUACCGUUCAAUGAGAAAGAAAAAGUUGUCUUCAUCUUCAGAACAACAAGAAAGCUGGCCUUUCAGCAACACAGUAUGUAAACUGAGUGGAUUGGUGCAAGGAACAUCCGUCUGUGCCUCUGUUUUCACAUUAGUCGCCAUUGCUGUGGACAGGUUUCGCUGCAUCGUUCACCCGUUCAGGCCCAAACUUACGCUCUUUGUGGCAAAGGUGUCUAUAGGGAUGAUAUGGGUGCUCGCUCUCACCAUAAUGUUUCCCUCCGUGUUAAUGUUAACCGUCCAGCAAGAGAAAGGGCACGUCAUGGUUCACGGUGACAACAGAACAUACCCGCUGUACUCCUGCUACGAGACCUGGCCCGACCCAGAGAUGAGGAAAGUGUACACCACCGUCCUGUUCCUGCACGUAUACGUCAUUCCCCUGGCGCUCAUCAUGCUCAUGUACGGCCGGAUCGGAGCAAAGCUGUACGCCACAGCCGUCCUGACCCGAGCCGAGCAGCCCGAUGUCCCCGCGUCUCACAGAAAGAUCCGGGUCAUUAAGAUGCUGAUGGUGGUGGCUGUGCUCUUCAUGCUGUCCUGGCUGCCGCUGUGGACGCUCAUGCUGCUGACCGAUUACGCCCGUCCAGACGAGGACAGUCUAGAGCUCCUCACUAGCUAUGUGUUCCCUCUCUCUCACUGGCUGGCCUUCUCCAAUUCCAGCGUGAACCCUAUUAUCUACGGCUACUUCAACGAGAACUUCAAGAGAGGCUUCCAGGCCGCGUGUCAGCAUCAGGUUUGUUGCUGGGGCCGAGAGAAGACGAGAUUCAGAAUCAAACGACCCAGAGCUGGAAGCCAGUUAAAUAGAGCUGCUAGCGGCCACCCGCUCAGCUUAGGCUCGAGAACCAACCGGAUCUUCACCGAAAGUGACCUGACGGGAUGUGUUUGUCUGGAGAUGGACACCAAGGGCUCUUCAGCUGAAGGGGGAAACAGCAGCACGUCUAUAACAAGAGAGAUCGGGAAAGUGUCUUCAACAGGAGGGAAAAUAUAUAACGCCUGGGAGCGUUGAUUUAUCAGUUGACAUUUACUGAGGCUGACAUGCUUCUGUUUUUAAUCCUCAAUUUCUUAGUCACAUUUAUUUCUUUAGCGCUUUAUACAAUACAAAUGCUUUCAAAGCAGCUUCACAGAUGAAAUUCAUUUAUGAAAAUAUGGCAAUUAUGGAAAAGCAGCCCUAAAAGACAAUAGUGAUAAACCCAUAUCAUUCAAAAA